CGCGUGCGCACUGGCUGACCUGGUGCUGGGCCCGUGAGAGCGGGGGAGAAGGAGGCCACUGUAUGUCGGAGGAAACCAGGAGAGGCAUCACUGGCAAUCUGUUCUACCGAGUUCUGCGUCUUUUUCUGCCCUCCCCUCCUCAGAUCGAUCAAAUUGAACAAAAAACCCAGUAUUCAGAAAUUGAGUUAGAUUUGCUGGUUAUCAACCUCUGCAAAAAGCCUACUGUGGAAGGUUGGUGAUAGCCAAGUGCAUUUCCCAACCCAGAAAAUCCUGGUCUACCAAUCAGGAAUACGCUGCUGAGCCAUUUGAAGAUGGUGAAGCCUGAUCUUCACACUCUGGCUCAUCACCUCAAGCAAGAGCGUCUUUAUGUGAAUUCUGAAAAGCAAUUACUUCAGCGGUUAAAUACGGAUGUAUUGAAAACUGCUGAAAAGCUGUAUUGCUCAGCGUGGAUUGCAAAACAGCAGCGAAUUAACUUGGACCGUCUCAUAUUAACAAGUGUGGAAGCGUCUCCAGCAGAAUGUUGCAAACAUGCAAAGAUUUUGGAGGAUACACAGUUUGUGGAUGGAUACAAGCAGCUGGGAUUCCAAGAGACGAUAUAUGGUGAAUUUUUGAAUCGUUUGAGAGAAAACCCAAGACUCGUUGCCUCGUGCUUGGUGGCUGGGGAGAAGCUUAAUCAUGAGAGCACCCACAAUGUAAUCCUUACAGUAUUUACUGCCCUUUAUGGUAACUGCAUUAUGCCGGAAGAUGAGAGCUAUCUUCUGCAAGUGUUGCGCUACCUAAUUGAGUUUGAAUUGAAAGAGAGUGAUAACCCAAGGCGACUGCUUCGAAAAGGUGCUUGUACUUUCAGCAUUUUGUUCAAGCUUUUUUCGGAGGGUCUGUACUCUGCAAAGCUCUUUCUUACUGCAACUUUACAUGAGCCAAUUAUGCUGCUGCUUGUAGAAGAUGAAGAUCACUUGGAAACUGACCCCAAAAAACUUAUUGAAAGGUUUACUCCAGCACAGCAAGAAAAGUUCUUUGGCGAGAAGGGCACAGAGCAGUUCAGAAGGAAAGUGCAGGAGAUGGUAGAAAGCAAUGAAGCAAAGCUGGUAGCUUUGGUCAACAAAUUUAUUGGCUAUCUUAAACAAAACACUUACUGUUUUCCACAUAGUUUACGUUGGAUUGUAUCGCAAAUGUAUAAAACCUUGUCUUGUGUGGAAGGGUUGGCUGUUGGGGAGGUGAAAGCCAUGUGCACGGAUUUGUUGCUUGCUUAUUUCAUUUGCCCAGCGAUUGUUAAUCCAGAACAAUAUGGGAUAAUCUCUGAUGCUCCAAUUAACGAAGUGGCAAGAUUUAACUUGAUGCAGGUUGGCCAACUCUUGCAGCAGUUGGCAAUGACGGGCAGUGAGGAAGCAGAUCCACGGUUGAAGAAUAGUCUCUCCAAAUUUGACAAAAUUUGUGUUGCGGCCUUCUUGGAUGUUAUCAUUGGCGGUCGUACAGUGGAGACUCCUCCUAUGUCCUCAGUGAAUUUGCUGGAGGGACUAAGUAGGACUGUUGUCUACAUGACACACAAUCAACUUGUAAAUUUGGUAAAUUUUGCACGGCAUGUAAAGUCAAGGGACCUGCUAAGAGAAGAGGACAAGAUGGCUCUGGAGAAUCUUAUCAUUAAUCUUCCUCAACCCAGAGCAGGGAAGAGCAAUAGCCUUGAGCUGACUCCCUCCAGCACACCCCAGCUAUCCCCUGCAACUACUCCAGCCAACAAAAAAAAUAGACUUCAAAUAGCUGGAAGGAAUAGGGGCCGGACAAAUGAAGCAAAAGAGCAACACUUUGACCAUGAAAGUUCAAGUCAGGAGCCUUUGCAGGAGAUCCAUCCUGAAGAAGUAUUGGUUAUUUCACUGGGCAUUACCUCUCAGAUGUCACCUGGCAUGAUGUCAGAAAAUGAGGUGUUGAGCAUGCAGCUUGCUGAAAGUGGGCAAGGAGAAGUACCUGCAGACGAUGGAAAACUGCAUGGCAAACCAGAUAAAACUCUGCGUUUUUCCCUCUGCAGUGAUAAUCUGGAGGGAAUAUCAGAAGGACCUUCAAACCGCUCAAAUUCUGUAUCCUCACUCGACCUGGAAGGAGAAUCAGUCUCUGAACUUGGAGCAGGACCUUCUGGAAGUAAUGGUGUUGAAGCUUUACAGCUUUUGGAACAUGAACAAGCCACAACACAAGACAACCUCGAUGACAAACUGCGUAAAUUUGAACUUCGAGACAUGAUGGGGCUGACAGAUGACAGGGACAUUUCAGAAACUGUGAGUGAAACCUGGAGCACUGAUGUCUUGGGAAGUGAUUUUGAUCCAAACAUUGAUGAAGAUAGACUGCAAGAUAUUGCAGGUGCAGCAGCAGAGAAUAUGCUAGGUAGUUUGCUUGGUUUACCAGGUUCAACUUCAGUGCUACUCGAUCCCUGCACAGGGUCAACGAUUUCUGAGACAACAAGUGAGGCUUGGAGUGUGGAAGUUCUGCCAAGUGACUCAGAAGCUACAGAUUUGAAACAAGAGGAGCGGUUGCAGGAGCUGGAAAGUUGCUCAGGAUUGGGUAGCACAUCUGACGAUACAGAUGUGAGGGAAGUGAGUUCACGGCCCAGUACACCUGGUCUCAGUGUUGUCUCAGGCAUGAGUAUGACUUCAGAAGACAUACCCAACAAAGUCGAGGAUAUCCGAUCAGAAUGCAGCUCCGAUUUUGGAGGGAAAGAUUCUGUUACAAGCCCUGAAGUGGAGGAAAUUGUUCAGGGUGUACAGAUGACUUCUUCACUCUCCCAGACAGACACAUUGCUCGCAUUGUUUGACCCUCUGUCUUCUGAUGCUUCCAUCAUGCCAUCAAUAGUCAGGUCUAAAGUACACUAUGCAAGACCGUCACACCCACCACCUGAUCCUCCCAUACUGGAAGGUGCUGUAGGAGGCACCGAUGGCCGAUUGCCAGCAUUUGGGUCUCCUACUUGUUGCCAAACUGAAGCUGAAUUGCUGAAACAGAGGCACUCCUUUCCAGAAAGGCUAGUACGCAGCAGAAGUUCUGAUAUUGUUUCUUCUUCUCGCCGACCAAUGAGUGAUCCUAGUUGGAAUGCACCAGGCAGCAGAAGAACAGGGAAUGAAGAACUGUUUGCAGCUGGGGCAGCAGCUGUAGGAACCUCGGGGCCAACUUCAUCUCCAAGCAAAGAUUCCCUCGGUGAGGAAAGAAAGGACAGUGAUGAUGAGAAGUCAGAUCGUAGUAAAUCCUGGUGGAAGAAACGAUUUGUGUCUGCUAUUCCGAAAGCUCCUAUUUCCUUCAGGAAGAAAGAUAAACAAGAAAAAGACAAAGAAGAUGGUGCACAGGAAAGGUUUCAGGCCAUGCAAGGUUGGCUGAUCCUACCUUCCAUAAUCAAUGAUGAGCCAAUUCCCAGGCUGAACGUACAGGCUCAGGCUGCAGAGGAUAUCCUGGAUAAAUAUAGAAGUGCUAUUAAACGAGCCAGCCCCAGUGAAGUAGUUGUCAAUGAUGAGGUUGCAGAGACAAUUGGAGAUGAUAGUGUCCAUGAUUCACCACGUGAUGAAACGCUUCAAAACCUUUCAGCAGAUGAUCUGCCAGAUUCCGCUAGUCAGACUGCCCAGACUCAAGAUUCCACGUUCUCCUUUCGAGAUGCAAAGAAGAAAUUGCGAAUGGCUCUGUGUUCUGCUGACUCAAUUGCAUUCCCCCUAGUGAGCCAUUCAGCAACCAGAAAUGGCCCUCCAGGAGGACCUGAUCAAGGAGAAUUAGAAGACAAUGAGAUUGUCUGUUUUCUCAAAGUUCAGUUAGCCGAAGCCAUCAACUUGCAGGAUAAGCACCUGAUGGCACAGAUUCAGGAAACCAUGCGUUGUGUUGGUAGAUUUGACAGUAGAACCUGCAACAAGUUACUAGCUGCCAUUGCUGAGGAUUACAGAAAACGAGCUCCAUAUAUUGCUUACUUGACACGGUGCCGUCAAGGGCUCCAGACUACUCAAGCCCACCUUGAAAGACUCUUACAAAGAGUGCUCAGAGACAAAGAGGUUGCGAACAGAUACUUCACUACAGUCUGUGUGAGACUAUUGCUUGAAAGCAGAGAAAAGCAUAUUCUGGAAUUUAUUAAAGAUUUUCAGAAUCUCACCGCAGCAGAUGACAAAACUGCCUUAGUAGAAGAAUUCUUGCAGUCAUUGUAUGGAGUUAUGGCGCAAGAUGUUAUCUGGCAGAAUGCCAGUGAAGAACAGCUCCAGGAUGCACAAAUGGCAAUUGAGCGUAGCGUUAUGAACCGCAUUUUCAAACUUGCCUUCUAUCCCAAUCAGGAUGGUGAUAUUUUACGUGACCAGCUUUUCAAUGAACACAUUCAGCGUCUGUGUAAAGUUGUCAGUGCAAAUCACCGAGCACUUCAAAUUCCAGAGGUGUAUUUAAAAGAAGCACCAUGGCCAUCUGCACAGUCGGAGAUUCGAACAAUCAAUGCAUACAAGACCCCAAGAGAUAAGGUUCAGUGUAUCCUGCGAAUGUGCUCCACCAUAAUGAAUCUGUUAAGCCUGGCCAAUGAGGACUCAGUCCCUGGGGCUGAUGACUUUGUUCCUGUUCUUGUGUUUGUCCUUAUCAAGGCUAACCCACCCUGCCUGCUGUCCACUGUUCAGUACAUCAAUAAUUUCUAUGCCAACCGGCUUGGUGGAGAAGAAUCCUAUUGGUGGAUGCAAUUCACAGCAGCAGUUGAAUUCAUUAAAACCAUUGAUGAUCGCAAGUGAUGCAGAACACCACCUGCAUGGCAGACUGUUAGGAAAAGUGAAAAGAUUUACACCAACUGUUUGUGGGAGGGGAUCUGAAGACUGAAUCUUCUCCUCUUGUAUUAUAAAUGUAGAUAGUGUGGAGGCAUUUAAAAAAAAUAGAUUCAGUGCAUCUUUACCAAAAUUAACAAUCAAAUUUACUAACAGGUCUUUAUAUAUUUCUGUCAUGUAAAGUCAACAGGUCAGCAAUGCAAAAAGGGACCACACUUUUUCAGGUAUUUCAAAAAGUUGACAGUGUACUGUAGGAAAAUGACAUCUCUUAUUUGUGUUACCUUGAUCAGCAUGAAUUUUGAGCUGGGGCCUCAACCAAGUGCAGUGGUGAUUUUUUUUCCCCCUUUUCACAAAGCAUAAAUGACAGCCACUUUUAUCUGAACCUUUUAUCAAUGAAACUAUUUUUGUUGAUUGUUGAGAGUGCCCAAGCCAAACCUGUUAUGUGCAUUUGACCAAUCAUGCUUUCCCUGAAAGAAAUUUACUGACAACAUAGAGCAUGUCAUAACCCAAGGUGAAGAAUCCUCAGCUGUAGUUUAUCAUUUUUAUCUGAAAAGGUCACCCUCUCGUGUUGCUAUGAUAUAUUUUUGACCCAUUGCUGUUAUUUCCAAAAUUUGGAUGACUUUUAGAUCAGGGUAUCAUACCUAAUUUUGCAGCCUUAUUGGUGUAUGUUUGAAACAAGUAUUAGUAUUUAACCAACUUAUUAGUAAAGUGACAUAGGACUGUAUUUGUUUUAGUUGCUGGGGUUAUCUUUACAAAAUUCUUCAGAAAAUAAUGCCUUUUAUUUUAAAUUGCUUUUACCAGGAUAGCUGUUUCAUUUGGAUUAUAAACAAGCGAGAGUAUCUUCUGGCUCCCACAUUUUGCAGUUCGUCAACUGAUUCUCUUGUGGCAGAAUUAUAGAUCCAGAAAAGGUGGAUCUGGACUUAGCCUUUCAGAGUAAGGAAACCAGUUUUAGUAGGGGAAUGCAAGGAAUUGGUAUAUGAAUACUGCUGUCAAAUGAUCCAGGCUAAAGAAGCUGUAAGACAAAAGCAAAUUGCAAGUGAAAUGUUGAGCUCUCAAUUAAAUGUUACAGUUGAAUGCUAGCCUUGACUGCCAUUUGGACUCCACUACUCUCAAGAAUUUGUUCCCUCUGCAUAUGGGAUAUGGUGCAAGCAUCAUUCACGUCCUGCUGAAGCACCCUUUUCAACAUCUGGAUCACAAUUACGCUAAUCUCCGAGAAGAAUUUUGCAACUGCGACUUUUUUGGCUAAAACAGAAAGUGAGAUCUGAGGGAUAUGAAAAUGAUUGAGGAGGAACAGGAAAGUUUAAACCAGAUCACAUUAAUACCUUACAGUAGCUGAAACUUCCAGUUGACAGCAGUGCCUUUGUCAACAGGUAAAAUUUAACAGAGAACAUGAAUGAUUCACGCUUACAUCACCUUUUUAUGGAGCAAUUUUUAGUAAGCAUAACCAGAAGGCACUGGGACUUAGGUCCAGUUUAAAAUUAAAGUGAGUCAGAUUUCUAGGAAACAAGAUGACUAUAUAUUUUAAGUUGCUUUACAAAUGGCUAACAAAAAGGUAGAAUUAAAUAAUGGCAGCU